AUGGUCCUGCAGCGGUGGCGCUAUGCAAACACAUUGCUCGGAAGAGUCGGGGACGGUGACGGUGACGAGGACGACACUCCGGAAGGCGCGGCAGCGAUCCUUCACGGCGAACUUGCGAGUGGUGUUCUGUAUGCAUCAUUGUACCCAAUGCAAGUCUGGUAUCUCGUCGUGACGGUCAUCGGUGUUGCUACCAUCAUACAUUGGAGUACGGCUAUAUGGACCAGAUACCGUAUCUGGCAUCUUCACCGCAUGCGCAAACAAAGGGCACGAGCCAGCCGAUUCGUUGGAUCGGGUGAACUGGCGCGCGCACAGAGGCCCAUUGGCACUACGCAGGCGAAUCCCCGCCGAAUACCGCAAGCGAUUCUGACCUUUUCGCGCAUCGUAUGGCUGCGAUGCACCCUCCCCCUGCCACGGACUGUCAGACGUCUGUGGGGAAACGGGAUGUCACCUAAUCUCCUAGAGGGUCUCGUUACUCUCUUCUACCUCACCGUCCUUCUUACCUGGGAAUUUGUCAACACCAACAACCUUGACAUACUCUUCUGGAGUGAUCGCGCAGCUCAUCUGGCUGCAGCGCAAAUUCCUUUACUACCCGCCCUUUCAUCGAAAAACAAUGUUAUAGGAUGGCUUACCGGUGUUACCCAUGAGAAGCUUAACCUAUUUCAUCGCGGUGUCGCGCGUUGUAUCCUUGUCUUGAUAUGGACUCAUUUCUGGGGAAGGUUUACCGUUGGUUUCACCGGGACCGACGAUAUCUCACAACACACCUGGCAACAAUUCGGCGCCGCUGCGGGUUUAACGUAUACCAUCGCGGUAAUCCUGAGCGUCAGACCUAUACGGGCUAUGGCCUAUGAGACAUUCUACAUCUUACAUGUUAUCCUGGUCUGCGUUUUCUUGGUCUGUGCCUUCGUACAUACGUCAGGACGAGGAUACGAGUACUACAUCUGGCCCGCAUGGAUUGUGUGGGGUUUCGAUCGAUUUUGCCGUGCGGUUCGGCAUCUGGUGCUAGACGUUGUGUCCAAGCCCAAGGUUGAACCGGCGGACGCUACUAUCGAACUCCUGACCCACGACUCCCUCCGGCUCAAGGUUCGGCGAAACGUCCCACUAGGCUGGCGCGCGGGACAGCACUGUUUCUUGACGCUGCCGUCUGUUUCGCGGUGGCCACUGGAGGCACACCCGUUUUCGAUAGCGUCAUUGCCUGAGAAAACCGACGACGAUGCACUCCCGCGUCGAAGCAGCGAGGGGGAUGAGCUGGUGUUCAUCGUCCGCGCGAGGAACGGGAUGACCAAAAGACUACAGGCUCUCGCUCUCCAGGGCGUAUCCCAGGUUCCUGUGUACCUGGAUGGGCCCUACGGCAACCCUCCGGAUCUUACUCCUUACGUGACUUCCGUCUUGAUAGCUGGUGGUAGUGGAAUAUCGUACAUCUUACCAAUGUUCCUGGAACUAGUCAGGCAAGUAGAAGCAAGGAAAGCGUGCACACGUCGCAUUGUCUUUAUCUGGACUAUCCGAGACGAAGCGCAUCUAAAGUGGAUUAUGGAGCAUCUCACAGGUGCUCUAUCGUCCGUCCCGGAGUUCCUCGGACUUGACGCCCUGGAGGUUUUGGUUCACGUCACCGGUCGCAAGACUGUGGUAUCUAUGCCUCCUGCAUCGUUGGAUUCAACGUCGUCCUCAACGCAGAAGGACAAGUUUGAACUGGUCGAUAUGCGUAGUCCAAGUUCAGCAACGAGUCAGCGCAUGUCGGACGACCUGGAGAAGGGUAGUUUUGAGCUUCCAGGAGGGCUCACGGUCCACCGUGGCCGCCGCCCCGAUGUUCGCGAAAUUCUGCAGGAAGAGUUCGGGGUGGCCGAGGGGCCCGUGUCGGUUAAUGUUUCUGGCCCCGGAAGCCUAAUUGAAUCCGUUCGUUCUGCGUUGGCUGCCCCGAUUACAGGUCCGUUGGGAGUGCUCCGAGGGCUGCCCACUGUAUAUUUCCAUGCCGAGAACUACACCUUGUAA